AUGGCCGUCGAAUCGUGUCCGGACGGCGGCAGAGGAGCCGACGACUCCAUCAGCGCGCUGCCGAACGAUGUACUCCACAAUGUCCUCGGGCGCCUCGGCUGCGCCCGCGCCGCCGCGCGCACCAGCGUACUCUCCCGACGGUGGCGCGCCGUCUGGACCAGCCUACCCAACCUCGUCUUCCGCAACGUCGGGCUCGGGCCCGGCCCGCUCCUGCCGGUGCUCACCUCGCUCCAGGCCGCCAGCCCCGGGUUGUCCCUCCUUGACAUCAUCAUCCCCGGGCCGGACCUCGCCGGCACGGCCCACAUCCCCUCGCUCAUCGACGCCGCCGCCGGGCUCUCGCCGGUGAACCUCCGCCUCUCGCAGAUGCACCUGUUCGUCCACGCCCGCUUCCCCGAGUUCCGCCGCACCACAUCCGCCGUCCUGCGCGGGCUGUACCUUCUAUUCCCCGGCCCGUCUCCCAGCUUCCCCGCGCUCCACACGAUCGACCUCGCCGACUGCCGCGUCCACCUCCCGGCCCUGCUCCUCAACUGCCCGCGCCUCCGCGUGCUCCGGACGGACGCGUGCAUGCUCUGCCAGGAUCACGUCACCGUCCACUCGGUGGCACUGCAGGAGCUCGUCAUGGAUAUCAAGACCACGCCAACAAACCGUAUCGACGUCGACGCCCCCGCGCUCAAACGCCUCACGAUGUACUUCCACAACGCCGACAAGCUCGUCGUGUCCGUCUCCGCGCCAGUCUUGGAGAAGCUCACCUGGGCGUGCUUGUAUACCAAGGAGGCGGCCGGACUUGGCUGUUGGGGCCUCAAUGCGGUGGGCUCGGAGACGAUAGAGAUAGGUGGUCGACAUGACGACCAAGAAGCGAUUUCCAAUCUUCCUCGCGUCACCAGAUUGUGGUUGCGCUACUCAUCUUGGUUUGGAAGUGAUAAAGAGCUCGACUUUCUCGCAGAGAUAGAGAAACAUAUGGUCACCGACCUAUCUGUCUUGGAGCUAUACUUCGAUACAAUGGGGCAUGUUUUUGGAGCAUCUGUGGUGCGUCUCCUUGAGAUGCAACUUCUCGAAAUGCAUCGGAUUUGCACGCCUACACGGAGCCUCAACAUCUUCCUACAUGCAUCCAAGAUGCAGGCGAACGCCAACGUGUAUGUGGUGAGGCUGCCACCUAACAUGGCGAAGGCCAUGAGCUACAUCAAGGAAGAGAGGAUUGUCGCCAAUGUUCUUCCGGCUCCGCAUGCCUCAUCAGUGAGCUCGAUAAGUUUCCACGCACAGCCUUCGAUUUCGCCGCCCGCAAUGCCUUCCGCCGUCAUGCAGAUGCACAUGUCGUUCUGUUUCACCGCCUACAGCUCGUCACAUCCCAUGGCCGCUCUUGGUCUUGACCUGAACCACACGCCCCGCAUGGAUUCCGGUUCCGCUCCCUUAUGCAAGUCUCGAGCGGUGCCAAAGGAGAACAUGCCAGUGCCCCCGCAACCUAUGCAGGCGAACGCCAACGUGUAUGUGGUGAGGCUGCCACCUAACAUGGCGAAGGCCAUGAGCUACAUCAAGGAAGAGAGGAUUGUCGCCAAUCUGCUCCCUCUUCCCCACUCUCCGCCGCCGCUGCGUCGCACUGGGGUUUCCCAGCCAUGGACGAGGGGGGGAGCACCCAAUGACUCCCGCCUCAAGCUAGGUCCAGGCGGCGCCGGACUUGAUCUCAUCAGCACCCUCCCGGACUCUCUGCUUCUCGAGGUCCUCGAUCGUCUCGGCUGCGACGCCGCCGCCGCCGCGCGCACGAGCAUCCUCUCCCGCCGCUGGCGCUACCUCUGGGCCCGCCGCCUCAAGGUCACCUUCGCCCUCCCCGAAGUCCCAUACGAAGGACCCGACCUCAUCAGCGCCCUGCCAGACGAUCUGCUUCUCCAGAUCCUCGGCCGCCUCGGCUCCGUCCGCGCCGCCGCUCCCGCGAUCUGCGUCUCGCGCCGCUGGCGCGACCUCUGGACGCGCCUCCCCAAGGUCACCGUCGCCCUCCACGACGUCCCGUUCGGCUCGCUCGAGGCCGCGCUCGGCCGCGCUACAGCUCGUCUCUGGGCGUGCCACUACCUCCUCGACAUCCGCGUCCCUGGGCAAGUCGACAGGGUCUACGCCGGCAGCCUCCACUCGCUGCUCCACGCCGCCGCGGCGCUCUCGCCUCUGGAGCUGCGCUUCACCCUCCCGCGUGACCUCACUGUCUCCGCCGCCAACGUCAGCCUGCCCUGCUUCCAGCGCGCCACCUACAUAGAGCUGCACGCGCGAGACCUCUGCUUGUCCCCGAGACAUACCGGUGGCCGCUGGUUCCACUCGCUGGAGAGUCUCUCCCUUUCGGGAUGCCACAUUAACCUCGAAACCUUCAUCCCUAGGUUAGAGCGCCUGCGCCGUCUUAGCUUGAGCAUCAUCAAUUUGGUAGGCAUGGACAACAUCACCAUCCACUCGUCGUCGCUGGAGGAACUCACCGUGGAGCACAAGAACAGAUGGACAUGCCUUACAAGUAUCAGCGUCAAGGCACCCGUGCUUAAACAAUUGACAAUGUCCUUCCAUGCUGGAAGCGACGUCGUGGUGUCCAUCUUGGCACCAAUGAUGGAGAAGGUCUCAUGGCGGUGCUUGUAUACCAGUUUCAUUUACGGUCUUGGUCUUUGGGGAAUCUCGGAGGUGGGUUUAAAGACGGCGGAGAGACAUGAGCAGACCGACUCCCAGGAGGAAGACGCUUCUUUGCAGCUCCCAAGCGUCCAUGUCCUGUCCCUGCACAUGUGUGCCCAAGAUUUGCUUAGGUUUCCAAAUGCAGACCUCAGCUUGGUUGCAGAGAUUGAUAAACAUAUGGUUACCAACUUCUCUAGUUUGGACCUACAUCUUAGAACAAAAGGGCAUGUGUUUGGAGCAGUUGUGUUACAUCUCCUUGGGUUGAAUCGAAUUCAUACAGCUAUACAGAACCUCAAGAUCGUGCUACUAGGAUCGGAGGUGAAAAAUGCAUGCCCAGUUGAUUGUCUGUGUGAUGAGCCUAGUGACUGGAGAACACAAUCAAUCUUCUUGGCUGGUCUAGAAAAGGUGGAAAUUGAAGGUGUGGAAGGGGAGGAUCAUGAGCUUGAUUUCCUGAAAGUGAUAUUCAGAUGUGCACCCAUGCUUAGAAGAGUGGCCCUGGGGCUAUCAGAUGAAGCCACACCAAGUGAUGAUUGGUGCACGAAAAUAAAUGACAUCGGCAAGGCGUAUCCUGCUGUGAAAUGCACCGUUGAUCUUGUUACGGGGUCAACAUUAGGCAGCCAAAGUUGUGCGUCAACAUGAUUCUCAUCCUUACACUCGCGGAUUCAGGGUGCUUAUCACGAAUCAUCCAACCAACUCCUACCUGUUUUCAGAAUUUUGCUCUGUGGCUUCAAUCCAUAAACCUCUGUUAUUUUCUUAGUGUAAUGGAGCUACAGGCUGGAAGUCAUGCACUCUUAUGUAACUCUUGGCACUAUUGCUAUGGCCUAUGGUCUUUAUUUAUGGCACCAUCUCCUUUUGGUUGAUUGCCAUGGCAAUUAAAAAGAUUAGUAGUGUACUCAACUUAUGUUGUCCAAGUGAUGUUUGUUAACUACUUAGAUGUGGCUUACUA